AUGGCGGAGAUUGGAGUUGACGACGGCUGGCACCUCGUUGCGACCCACCACCCCGCAACUGCCAUCCGCGAAGAGAAGCAGAUUGAAGAAUGGGAACGAUCGAAGGGCCACUGGUCCGGUGUUGGAAAGCAUCCGGUACAAUGGGCAGAUCACAAAACGAUUCGAGCGCAGGAUAGAGUGUUGGGGAGUGGUUCCUAUGGAGUUGUGGAGCGGGUAACUUAUAAGACAGUUACGAUGGCUCGGAAACUUGUCAAGCCAAAACGCGGGAUACCGAUGGAGAAGCUCCGGGAGGAAGCCCAUGCCAUGGAACGGCUCGCACACAAUCACAUACUGAAAUUGGUUGGGACAUACACGGUCAAGCGCAACGACUUAUACAUUCUCUUGUACCCGGUAGCCGUAUGCGAUUUAAGCAAGUUCAUUGAGGACAUCGAUGAAUUUCGAUCAGGUACAUGUGCGGAUCAAGAAGAUGCUUUCCUAAGGCUGGCGGGGUUGGGGCUGAAGGAAAUUGGUUCAAUUGAGGACCUUGCUCUUCUUCGAAACCUCUCUCAGCAACCGAAUGCUGUUCCCAGAUCUGCUACAGCCCUAGGUUUCCUACAACAAACACUUGGUUGCAUAACGGAAGCGGUCGCGUACGUCCACCAGCAGGGUAUACGGCAUAGGGAUUUGAAGCCGAAAAAUAUACUGCUGAGCCCUGGACGAGUAUACUUGGCAGACUUCGGCAUUGCUCGAGAUGUAAAGGAAACUGAAGACAGCAUAACUUGUACCAGACAAGGGACGUUAUCAUGGCUGGCCCCCGAAGUCCAUGACGAAGAAGAUCACCAUAUGUCCCCAGCAGACGUUUGGUCGCUAGGGUUCAUCUUCCUCGACGUCGCUGCAGUACUUUAUAGCCAGUCGUUGGAUGAAUUUGAGAGAAUAAUGAGGGAACGUGACUGGGACCGAAAAUAUGAGAUGUUACGCAGAUACUUGCUCGACCUUCAGAAGAACGCCACGGCCGCGGCCCUCGAGAAUCAAGAAGACCCCUCUUUCAAUGCAAAACAUCUCAUCGGACUCAUUGACAGUAUGCUCAAAUACAAGCCAGGCGAGCGACCGACUGCAGGCCAAGUGAACGAACGGCUUUCAGAGCUUGGGGGGCUAGAUCAGAUUUAUCAUCUCUCCUGUUGCCAUAAAAAGAACGAUUAUCUUUCCAAGGUUAUACACAAUAAAUUCAUAUCUGUUUGCGAAGGCAAUGUCAACUCGGCGGCCACGAUUGCACAAUUAAAAGCCGAAACCAGUGAGAAGCAAAAAAGGAUAGACGAGCUUGAAUUGAGCAACUCUACCUGGCAAAUGCGGAUAGACAAGGAACGAAAACAUGCCGGCGAUCAAUACAGAGCCUUGCAAGAAAAGUACAGCCGAGAGGUCGAAAUACGGAAAGGACUCGAAGAGACACUAAGAGCUAUGGAAGUGAGAUCGAAAAAUCGACCGCGUUCUCAAAACAGAGGCAGAGGAAGGAACUAUGGACUUUUGCAUCCCACUAGCAAUGCCAACCCGAUGCCUAACCCCAACGGCAGAUCACAGCAAAAUCUAGGUCUCGACACUGCUGUUGGUAACUUCCAAAGACGCCCGAGUCGAGUACCUCUUCCUGUUAGACCUUCUACACCGAUACGGCCGACUAUUAACAGAGACCCUGGUAGCAGUUCCAGCACUCUGAUCAGCUCUGUACAUUCGACCUUCUCACAGAGAAGUGAGAAAACGAACGAUUCGGCGAGCUCAGUCGCGUCCUCGACGAUACGAAGUACCUCGCCUGGUAGCCCGACAGCAACAAAGCGAGUUGCGUCGCCAGUGAUGGACAUGAAGCCUCCGCCGUCCCCAACAUUGAUAAAUGGAAAAGUGAAUGCGAAAGCGGACGCAAAAGGGAUGUAUCACGUGACGAAACCCUCCUGGGCGAGUAUGGUUGCACGUUCGAUAUCGAACGUAACUUAA